AUGCGACGUCCACCAGGGCGCCAAAUCAGACACAGACUUUCUGUGUUGACCACCAGCACCAAGUCGAGGAGGUUAUUGCAGGUGAAACCACCACAACCUCUCUCUCCCACCCCAACUCUGAGAUAUGUACAACAAUAUGCCAAGGACCCAAGACGAAUUCUUCGGGCCACGGAGUUUUUGGCCUUGCCUCCCCCUCGUCCGAAGCGAAGCACAGCUUCGGCGGCUGAGCCUACUCCGUACUUUCGUACGUCGCACAUGUACGAAUACGCAAGGGUAAAAAUACUUGGCUCGUGUUGGCGGUCCCAACCGUCCCAAUCGUCAAAGGCGAAAUUUGUGGCGUUCCGCUCGAACCAUAGCCAUGCUACUGGUCACGCCCCCCUACCAACCCUAGCCAACUCCACCUUUGGGCGGCAACCCCCCCUCCAGAACCCCGGAUCUCUUAUUCGUACUUGGUACACGAGCAUCCAGAAAAUGAGAAAACGGGAGGACCAGGGAUCGACAAAAGACCCAGGCGCCAAGGUGUUCAUGCAGGGGCCCAAGAGGUAUCAGGGCGUCAGCAGGACAUGGGCCGCCCAUGCGUCCUUGCACUCAACCCACCAUACGGGAGAAACGGUGGAGACGCUUUUGUCCAAGGUUCUUUCAUAUUCGAGACGAGGGCCUGUUACUGAGACUAGGGUGUUUGGCUACCCCAUGUCAAAAACGUUCCUCGACUCUGGGAAGAUAAGAUGGCCCCAGAAGCUUGGCAUCAUUAGUACGAAGUAUGAUGUUCUGCCACCACCAAACUCGGCAACAAAGGAGCAGAUGUCAUGCAGAGACACUCCUUACAUGGUGGAAAUACGGUGCUCCCGAACCCAAGUCGCCGGUAGAAGGCGGAGGCGGAGGCUGAAACGUCCUGCUGGUGUUCCUUGGGAGCCCUGCACGAUUUCCUCCUUUACCCCAGGUCACAACGGCGGUCCUUUAACUGCUGCGGGCUUAGCCGUCGCUCUUCUAGUGGAGCCCAGAGCCCGUGCAUCAGACAAGAUCCAUUUUUACCUUGGGACUAGCGAGGAGAACACGGAGCUCUUUUCAACUUUGGGCCAACUUGAUUUGACCCUGGGAGAAGACGAGGCUUUCGGCAGGCAAGAUGGCAGCCGAAUAUUCGUCAAUUAA